AACGGCUAUUUCCAUAUAAAAACCAUUUCAGUGUUAUUCACCGUUUCAUUCAUUCUUUCUUUCGCUCUCACUCUCUCUGAAUAAUCAUCUUCUGAAUUCUUCUUCAAGCUUUCAUCACUCUCAUACUGCGAAAAUCAAUCUUCAUCAUUAUCAUCGCAAUUUCAUCAUCAUUUUGUUUUUCAUUCUUUUCGUUUCUUUCGCUGAAUUUCGCAUUCUCCGUUUCAGGUUUUUUCCGAUCAUCUUCAUCAAUGGAUUCGGGAUCUUGGAUUUCUUCUACCAAAUCCCGAUCCCCUUUCCCAGAACGCUUCCUCCAAAGAAAGAAUUCUAAUAAGGAUAACUUGGAUAGGUUUAUCCCUAAUAGAUCUGCGAUGAAUUUCGAUUAUGCUCAUUACAUGUUGACGGAGGGUGCAAAGGCAAAAGAAAAAGAAAAUUCAGCGUUGAUGUCACCGUCUCGUUCAGCCUACCAGAAACUACUCGCUGAAGCCGCUAACAUGAACCGAACCAGAAUCUUGGCCUUCAAGAAUAAGCCUCCGACACCGGUCGAACUCUUUCCUAGAGGAAUUCUUUCACCUCCUCCUCAAUCCAAAACCUCCAAACCCAAACGAUGCAUUCCUCAGACUUCUGAGAGGACAUUGGAUGCCCCUGAUAUAUUAGAUGACUUCUACUUGAAUUUAUUAGAUUGGGGUAGCGGUAAUGUCCUUAGUAUCGCCCUUGAAAAUACCGUUUAUCUCUGGAAUGCUUCUGAUAGUUCCACUUCGGAACUUGUCACUGUGGAUGAUGAACAUGGUCCUGUUACAAGUGUUAGCUGGGCCCCUGAUGGUCGCCAUUUAGCAGUUGGGUUAAACAAUUCCCUUGUCCAGCUUUGGGAUACAACUGCUAAUAAACAGCUAAGGAUAUUGAAGGGUGGACACAGAGCAAGAGUGGGUUCACUGGCUUGGAACAAUCAUAUUCUGACAACAGGAGGAAUGGAUGGUAAAAUAGUAAACAAUGAUGUUAGAGUGAGAUCUCACAUCAUUGAAACUUACAGAGGACACAACCAGGAGGUCUGUGGGCUCAAUUGGUCACUGUCAGGACGACAAUUGGCGAGUGGUGGAAACGAUAAUGUUGUUCACAUAUGGGAUAGGUCUGCGGUUUCUUCAAAUUCACGUACCCGUUGGCUUCACAGGUUUGAAGAACACACAGCUGCAGUGAAGGCACUGGCUUGGUGUCCUUUUCAGGCUAAUCUAUUGGCUUCUGGUGGAGGUGGAGGUGAUCAUUGCAUUAAGCUGUGGAACACACACACGGGUGCGAGAUUGAAUUCUGUUGACACAGGAUCUCAAGUAUGUGCUCUGCUAUGGAACAAGAACGAGCGUGAGCUUCUUAGCUCACAUGGUUUCACUGAGAACCAGCUUACCCUUUGGAAGUAUCCUUCAAUGGUGAAGAUGGCGGAGCUCAACGGUCAUACCUCAAGGGUGCUGUAUAUGACGCAGAGUCCAGAUGGGUGUACUGUUGCAUCUGCAGCCGCGGAUGAGACACUUAGAUUUUGGAAUGUCUUUGGAACCCCAGCACCACCAUGCAAAGCAGCACCAAAGACAUAUAAUGAGCCUUUUGCUGAUUUCAAUCGUAUCCGUUGAAGAUUGCAGUAUCUAAAUGGUAGACAUACCCUUAGGGUUUUUUUGGUAGUCCUACCCUAUCCUUAGUUUUGUAUUAAAUAGAAAUUGCUUAAUUUUUUUUUUAAUAGUAUCCCUAUCCCCCGUUCUAGAUUUUAUAGGUACACGAAUGUAUAGAUACAUAUACAUGCCUAUUUUUUUACGGGAAGAUACAUACAUACAUAACAUAAAUACAUACAUUUUUACAUUUGCUACACCAUCUUGUAAAGCCUACUAGAAGCAACUCGCUGAAACCAUUAAGAUCAAUGACAGAGCCGUAAUCUUGGCCUUCUAGAACAAACCUCCAACACUAGUCGAACUCAUCCCCAGAUGGAUGCCGUUUAGCUAUUGAUUUGAACAAUGCCCUUGUCCAGCUCUGGGAUACCACUGCUGUGCUAAUCAGCUAAGGACACUGAGGGGUGGGCACAGUGCAGGAGUUGGUUCAGUGGACAGUCAUAUUCUUAGUUCUGAGUUCUGACUACAGGAGGAAUGGAUGGUAAAGCAAUAAACAAUGAUGUUAGAGUGAUAUCUCACAUCUAAUGAGCCCUUUGCUAAUUUCAACCCGAGUUGCAAUAUCCAAAAGAAGAUAGCCCUAUAAGUUUUGUGCUAAAAGUAGGUUGUUUAAUUCUUUUUUAUGGUAUCCCCGUUCUAGUUUUUGUAGGUGCACAAAUGGAUAUAGAUACAUAUUGUACCUAUUUGUUUAUUGUUAUAAAGCAAAGUGUUCCAUACAUAACUAUGAAUUAAUUAAUUGACAUGAUUGGAUUUUUU